AUGGACUUCGCCAGCCAGCGCAAAGUGGUCAUCAAGCGCGACCAGGGGAAAAAGUACAAGCACUCUGCAUGCGGCAGGAAGCCAUGGAAGGUGACCCCAGAGGUGGGGGGGUUCCUGGUGAAGAAGUUGCUGGCUCUACGCGGGACGUGCAUCUGCACCGCGCCCACUCUGCAGCACACGUUCAAGAGGGACAUGGACACGGACGUAGCCAAGUCUACAAUCUGCAAGGUGCUGCAGAAGAAUGGCUACAAGUGGUUGCCGCAGGCGCAGAAACCGAGGUAUUCCAAAGAUGACCGUGACGCCCGCUUGGCUUUCUCCCAAGAGGUGGUGAAGAUGUCGGCGCGGGAGCUGGAGAAGUACUUAGCCCUCUGCAUGGACGGCGUUGUACUGUCGGUCCCGCCCGAAGACCCAAUCGAACGCUCCAACUUCGUCCACAUCGGCGAAACGCACAUGCGGCGGAAGCCAACAGAGGGCACGAGGUAG